AUGUCGCUACCAGCAACCACAAGCGAGAUCGAAACCUUCAAAAUAACGCUCAGGAAGCAGCAGAUCCCUGACUUUACCAUCUUCUGCGGCGACUACAGCUGGAAAGUCCACAGUCAUCUCUUCGCCGGGCUUUCCAAGGCCUUCAAGGCUAUCUUUCAGGAAGGAGCCAGCCAAGAAUGGACCACGACCGAAUCACCCGUCGUCAUCGCCCAUCUCAUCCUCUGGGUCUACACGAACGGGUACGGCGACCUCACCGAGGAGGCGGUCCAGAACGACGAACUCAUGCCAGCCAUGGACAUCGACGAACUGAUGAAGCACGGUCUCGUCCGAGAGCCAUGCGCAGAUGGACCGUCCGGGUUGUCGAGUCCGGUGGACGAGCUCUUCAUGCCGGCGGAGAAGGAAUGGGUGCCCGACACGUUGCAUGCGGCCAUGUACCUCCUCGCGAGCAGGUACGGGAUCGACGAGCUGAAGGAGAAGGCGGCCAUGGAGAUUGACGUCAUCCUUACGGACCUCGACUUUGAGAAGACGUGUUUCAUGCCUUUGCUCGGCGAGUUGUUCGGUGUCAGACACGGUUGUGGAGUUGAGAAAAGCGCGAAGAAUGACGCCGGUGGUCAUGAAGGCGAUCGUACAAACUGCGAUGCUGUGACAGAUGAUCAGCACUUCACGGACACCAGGCCGUCCACUGUAGGUUCGCCCCUGAGAUCGGUCUCGGAAGAGCCAGUCUCGCUCUCCCCGACGACCGAUGAGGACGUGUGGAACAUCCUCGCCGACAAAGCGGCCAGUGGAUUUGACACCUACCAGCUUGACCCGGUGUUCCAGCACGUGAUGGUGAACCACCCACACUUUAACUGGGAUGUAUCAACGAGAUUGCAGAAGAAAGUCGCCGAGACGCAGACACAGCUGGCCUAG